AUGGCAGCAGUAGGCGUUCAAAUUCUUACCCAGCUUGGUGUGCAGUACUUGCCCUCAACAGGGGCCUGCACCGUCGAUAUCGCCGUUGCCAUCAGCCUCGGUCAAUGCGGCUUCAUAAACAUCAACAUUGAUGAGCAGCACCAAGUUACCGUCCUGCCUGACCAGACAUUCGUCACACCUACCAUUCACACGCCGACACCUAUCGAAACUCCGAGGCCCAUUGAUCCGCUGCGAUACUCUGAGAGUAAUCCUGCAAAGGAAACCCCUGUGCCAGUUACUGUACCGGUGCGGUUACCACCGUAUUGCAGCUCAACCACCAUUGACGUCGACGUUAGAGAGAUACCCACAAUUGACCCCCACAAUAUUGAGCUGAGUCUGAAGCUCCGUGGCCUUCUGAACGUCAACCUGGGUCUCGAUGUUGAUCUCCGGGGUCUCUUGGGCGGCCUGUUCAGCGGCUCAUCCAGGAACAUCUGCCGGCCGCUGCGCAAUCGGCACUCAUCUACCAUUACCGCCCGCAGUGCGGUGUGA